UCUGUUUGUCUCCACAGGGCAGAGACAUGCGCAAAGCUUUUCCUUGUUUAUUUUCGUCACGAACGCGGGGAGAGACAUGGCGUGCGUGCGCUAAUGACAGACAGCAGAUAGGGCGAGAGAGAAAAAAAAACAAGGGGAAAGAUAAGCGGCUGCCAGAGUCUCUACAAUAAUUGCAAUAACUGAAUUGUCUCUUGGUGCCUAAAAGCUUGUUCUUGAAAAACGUAUCACCACAUUUGGCAAUGAGGACAUCUGUCGCCCGUGCAUACCAUUUGUUUUUGGAGGAUUCGGGAACACAACUGAAUCGGGUUUUUACAGCUGAAAGGGUGUAAUUAAAGCUUGGAUAGAGGGAAAGGUUGGAAAUAGUGUGGAGAGUACGUUUUGGGCUGGACAUUUCACCAUAUCCAACGGAUUCUUAAAAAAAUUCUCUCAUCGUGUGGGCUGUACCUCAACAAAGGUUGAUUCCGUAGCCUACAAUUCCUAUUUCAAUCUCUAAUUCGUGGUGUUGGUUUUUUGAUUUUCCACUCAUCUUUUUCCGUGGUAAAGGAUGCCAGACCAGAUCUCGGUAUCCGAGUUCCUCUCGGAGACCACCGAGGACUACAAUUCCCCCACGACUUCCAGUUUCACCACCCGGUUGCAGAGCUGUAAGAACACCGUCAAUGUUCUGGAGGAGGCUUUGGAUCAAGACCGGACUGCUUUACAGAAGGUGAAGAAGUCUGUGAAAGCCAUCUACAACUCUGGUCAAGAUCACGUCCAGAAUGAAGGGAAUUAUGGCCAGGCACUGGACAAGUUUGGUAGCAACUUCAUCAGCAGGGACAACCCCGAUCUAGGAACCGCCUUUGUCAAGUUCUCCAGCCUCGUCAAGGAGCUGUCCGCACUUCUGAAGAACCUGCUCCAGAGCUUGAGCCAUAAUGUGAUCUUCACCCUGGACUCUCUUCUCAAAGGGGACCUCAAAGGAGUUAAGGGGGACAUAAAGAAGCCGUUUGACAAGACAUGGAAGGACUAUGAGGCUAAGUUCACCAAAAUUGAGAAAGAGAAGAGGGAGCAUGCUAAACAACAUGGGAUGAUUCGGACUGAGAUUACCGGAGCUGAGAUUGCAGAGGAGAUGGAGAAGGAGCGACGUCACUUCCAGUUACAGAUGUGCAAGUACCUGAUCAAAGUGAAUGAGAUCAAAACUAAGAAGGGAGUUGACCUGCUCCAGAACCUCAUAAGGUACUACCAUGCACAGUGCAACUUUUUUCAGGAUGGAUUGAAAACCGCAGACAAGUUGAAGCAGUAUAUUGAGAAACUUGCAGCUGACCUGUAUAACAUAAAGCAGACCCAGGAUGAGGAGAAGAAGCAGUUGACGGCUCUAAGAGACCUCAUUAAAUCAUCUCUGCAGCUGGACCAAAAGGAGUCUAGGAGAGACUCUCAGAGCAAGCAGAGUGGAUACAAUAUGCACCAGCUACAGGGGAACAAGGACUUUGGCAGUGAGAAGAAGGGCAAUUUGAUGAAGAAAAGUGAUGGGUUACGGAAGGUGUGGCAAAGGAGGAAAUGUUCUGUGAAGAGCGGCAUUCUCACUAUCGCACAUGCCACAUCUAACCGACAGCCGGUGAGACUGAACCUACUGACCUGCCAGGUCAAACCCAGUGGGGAGGACAAGAAGUGCUUUGACCUCAUCUCCCAUAAUCGCACAUAUCAUUUCCAGGCUGAAGAUGAACAGGAGUUUGUGAUCUGGAUAUCGGUGCUGACCAACAGUAAAGAGGAGGCACUGAACAAGGCGUUCCACGGGGAGCAGAGUACAGGAGGAGAGGACACCCUGGAGGACCUGACCAAAGCCAUCAUAGAAGACGUGCUACGGAUACCUGGCAACGAAAUCUGCUGUGACUGUGGUGCAUCUGAGCCAAAAUGGCUGUCUACUAAUCUUGGCAUCCUGACGUGUAUCGAGUGCUCUGGGAUCCACAGGGAAAUGGGUGUCCACAUCUCCCGCAUCCAGUCCAUGGAGCUAGACAAACUGGGGAGCUCCGAACUCUUGCUGGCUAAGAACAUAGGGAACAGUAGUUUCAAUGGCAUCAUGGAAGGCAAUAUUCCAUGUCCCUCGCCAAAGCCCACCCCAUCAAGUGACAUGACGGUGAGGAAGGAGUACAUCAACGCUAAAUACCUGGACCACAAAUUUGCCCACCAGACUGGCAAAGCCACGGUUCCAGGCAAGUUGUCGGAGGCGGUGCGCUCCCGAGAUCUGCUGUUACUUAUCCAGAUUUAUGCCGAGGGGGCGGAGCUUAUGGAGCCCCUGCCCGAGGCAGGAAAGGAGCUCAGUGAGACUGCCCUCCACUACUCUGUGAGGACUGCUGACCAGACCUCCCUGCAUCUAGUGGACUUCCUGGUGCAAAACAGUGGUAAUCUAGACAGGCAGACGGAGAAUGGAAACACUGCACUACACUACUGCUGUCUGUACGAAAAACAAGAAUGUUUGAAACUGCUACUGCGGGGCAAACCAGCCAUCGACAUCGCCAAUCAAAGUGGAGAGACUGCUCUGGACAUUGCAAGAAGGUUGCGAGAUACCCAGUACGAGGAAUCGCUGAUGGAGGCGGCAGAGGGGAAGUUUAACGCUCACGUCCAUGUGGAGUAUGAGUGGAACCUGCGACUGGAGGAAAUAGACGAGAGUGAUGAUGACCUUGAUGAUAAGCCAAGUCCUGUGAAAAAAGACCGCUCUCCGCAGCCCCAGAGCUUCGGCCACUCCUCCAGUAUGUCCUCCCCUCAGGACAAGCUGACACUCCCGGGGGGUUACACCCCUCACAGGGACAAACAGCGCCUAUCCUACGGGGCCUUUGCCAACCCAGUCUACAACACCUCCACAGACAUGUCUCCCUCACCAGGACCUAACGGGACUACACUACCCAGCAGGACAGCAGGGAAAGCACCCUCUACUGGCCCGCCUACCUCCCUUCCCCUGGGCUCCCAGACUGGAGGCAGCGGGGGCAUCUCCACCCUUAAGAAGAGACCCCCACCCCCUCCCCCCGGGCACAAGCGUACCCUCUCAGACCCCCCCAGCCCAGUCCUGCAAGGCCCCCAAAGCACGGGUGGGACCGGUUGGGGAAGCGUGUCCACUCACCCGCCUACAAACAGGACCUCACCUGGAAACAAGUUUGAGCAGCAGCAGAGCGCUACCAUUAGUAAUACAAAGUCAACACUUGGUCCAAGGGUUCUACCCAAACUACCUCAAAAAGUGGCACUACGGAAGAUCGACACUAUCCACCUCCCUUCAGUGGACAAGCUCUGCCAACCUCCGGAGGUUCUACAGAGGUCAACCUGCGCCCAACUAGAGUCUUACCAAAAAUCGCCCCAGCCACUGCAGACCCCCGGAGACAUGCCUCAGAGGGCCCCAUUGGCUAAAAAAACACAGCUAAGUGAACUGCCUCCCAAGCCCCAGAAGUCAGAUCUUCCCCCCAAGCCCCAGCUCUCUGACCGACCCCCGAAACGACAACUGUCGAAUCUCCCGCCCAAACCGCAGCUCAAGGACCUCCCGCCCAAGCCUCAACUGAGCGAAAUCCCUCCAAAGCCCCCUGUCAGUGAGCGGCUCCCUCUGGGCGAGGCCGUGCAGACUGCGAUGGACAAGCAGUCUUGCAGUCAACAGGUGGAGCUAUCCCCCAGACAGGCCAGCGAGGACACCAAUGGAUCCCCGCCAUGUGCAGUGGAAAUGCCUGUGCCGCUGCCUCGGAAGAUCAACACUGGGAAGAGUAAAACUAGACGGGUGAAGACCAUUUACGACUGCCAGGCAGAUAACGAUGAUGAGCUGACCUUUGCAGAGGGAGAGGUUAUCAUCGUCACAGGAGAAGAGGACCCGGAGUGGUGGAUCGGGCACAUAGAAGGACAUCCCGAGAGGAAAGGAGUUUUCCCCAUGUCCUUUGUGCACAUUCUGUCCGACUGACAGCCGGAGAGACAGGUGUGAGGCCAUUCCUCUAAUCUAGCACAAGCCCUUCCCUGUCCUCACAUCAGACUUUAGGCAGAAGUGAAACAAAUGCGAACAAAAAAUCCAACCCAGCCUCAUUGCAAUGAAGACUUAUUAUAUAUAAACUGUGAUAUCCUGCCUACCAGUAUUACCGUAGCAGCAACCCAGCAUGAAACUGGGUUUGCAGUAGCUUUCCUCAGAAUUUCUCAAUGUAUGCUGUAGCUGUAUGUAUGUAUGUUUAUUUUUUUUAUUUUACCAGGCAAGUCAGUUAAGAACAAAUUCUUAUUUUCAAUGACGGCCUAGGAACAGUGGGGGUUUGAACUCGCAACCUUUCGGUUACUAGUCCAACGCUCUAACCACUAGGCUACCCUGUCGCCCCUGUGUAUAGAUAAACAAACCUAUGUAUGUCCAUGUAAGUGUGUCUUUGUACAUACAUAUGCACACCUAAGAGUGUAUAUUUCUGUACUUAUAUACAAGUGUGCAUAUGUACAUUGACCCAGCUUGCUCAGAAAGGUAGGGCUAUCUUCUUAUUGUUCCAACGGUCUACCAUUUUAGCUUGACUGUUUAAUGUCAUUAUCAUCUCUUGAACUCUUGAAAGUAGUUCAUGAUCAUGAGAUUUGAUAAGGAGUUUGUUACUCAGAUAAUAUACAGUAUAUUAGCCCUUAUGGCACAUAUCCUCUCUCUCUACUGGCCUGUUUAUUUGGCAAUGCAACAAAGUGAGUUUUGAGAUAGCUGAAAGACUAUAAGGUUGGAGGAAGUAUUUAUUCAUGACAAAUAUAAAAUGUGUUUGUUUUAUUUUGGCUUAUAAUGGGAUCCAUUUGAAGAGACUUUUCUGUCACGGUAAAUUAUACAAUGCUAAUUUGAGCGAUAAAGUGAUUAGGAGCCUAGGACGUCAAACCAUUUGUUGUAGUACUGGCGGCUGCCACAGUUACUGCAUCAAUCCCCCAGUUGUUAGUAGUUCUCCUUCACCUUAAUUGUGAUAUUAUAUGAUUACAUGUAUAGUGCGAGAAAUAUGCACUUAACGAAUCUUGAGAUUAUUGUGAAACGUGCAUUUUCAUGAAAAUCUCCCCUGCUUGACCAGAGUAUCAAUCCAUGAAGUGAAAAUGGUAUUACACAUACACACACUCACACUAAUGCACACACAUUGUUUCACAAGAUCAAAUAUGAAAAUUGUAAUCAAACCAAGCAUUAUUGUGAUACAAAUUAUAGCUUGAGGAUAGAUGCUUCGUUUCAUACCGGGCUUCCAUCAGUAUUGGUCUGGAAGUUUCAACGGAGAAGGAAGAAGUUGCCCAACUAAUGGUUAAAGGGGGACUGAACUUCCUCAUUUAGCCACAUUUUUCAUAUUGCCCAUUAAGAAAUGCAGCAGCCAUGACUGAAGCCAAAUGAGAGUUGUCUUGUACAUUCACUCCACCAAAACAGUACACAAUUAGUCACUCACCCUUAUAGAUAACUUGAAACAGUCAAACCAGGUCAUUUGCAUGUCAUGUUGCACACCUUUUAGUUUUCUUAUUAAAUGCUUUCAAUUUUUGUAUAUGAAUUUCUAUCAUUUAUAAUUGGAGGUUUUUAAGUCAUAAUAAUUUGGAGAUAUUGUCAUUUUAAAUUUGAGGCUGACAAACUCUCCAGUCCCUGCUGAUGACAAGCACACCCAUAACAUGAAAAUACAGACAGUUUCACUUUGCAUUGGAUUUGACCCAAUACUUUCAUUUUUAAUUUAUGCCAGAAAGUAAAAAUCUUUGCCGAGUUGUCUUGCCGUAUUACUUAACGGUCUUGUUGGAAACAGAAUGGAUGAUUUGUAGUGGAUUUUUUUAAUACAAGCCGAAGCAUGAGGUCAUGUUGUUGAGCUUCAGGAUUAUUAUUGCAUUUCUUUUUAACUCUUAUUCAAUUUUACAGUGGAAUAUUUUAUGUUUGUUUAGAUUUGUCAUGGAGGAAUAUGACUGACGGAGGUGUGAAAAUGACUCUGAAUGACAUGCCAUUUUUAGGUACAAGGUUUCGCCUUAGUUUAAAAUAAAGCUGUUGUCGUAUUAACAGGAAAGAAAUGAUGAUGAUGAUGUUGAUGGUCAGUGACAUUUCUUAUGACUAUAGUUAGUGAUUGCUAAAUGGAGACACCUUUUAUUGUGUAUUGAGUGUAAAUAUAUGUUUAUUUCUGUUUGGGGUAGAAAAAAAACUGUGUCAUUGACAGCUACACCACUAUCCUUGUGUUUGGCAUUGACUGUUUACAGUAGCUCAUUCAGCUAGGUUAUUCCUUGUGGGAGAAAAUUUGUUAGCACGUCUUGUUGUUAUUGUUCCUAAUAUGUGUGAUGAGAAUUGAGGCUUUCAUCACAGCCCCUUUAGACCAGGCUUUUUGUUACAUUUCUCAACAAAGUUUGUGUGAUUUCAGCACAGGCAAAACCAGUGGGGCCCCACUGAUGGAGGAGUGAUUAAGCCAUGGCAAUCAAUUGGCUGAUUCCCAAAUCCUCUAGAUUUUUACAUUUACUUGAAUAUUUAUUUAAUCUAGAAUUAUACCAGAAGCUGGACAUGGGUAAUAAUAAUUAAUUAAAUUCAUGUCGGAUUCCGCGCCUGUGUUAUUCUAUGUUAUUCCUCACUCAAGUUGGAUGUAUAUUGGACUGGCGCUGCCAAACCGUGCUUUUUAGAAGGCUAGUUUGACAUUUGUUUUAUUGUGAAAUAACUGGAUGCAGAGCUACCCAUGUUCCGCAUGUGUGUUGGCUUCAUUGUUUGAUAUUGUGUGUUGAGGACAGAAACCAUGACUCCAUUAUUCAUUGAAUAAUAAAGAUUUUAUUUUGAA